ACAAUAACUGACUUUCUGCGCUCGCGCUCAUCGUGGUGACACAAGGCGUGCCUUCAACAUGCAGAACGACGCGGGCGAGUUCGUGGACCUAUACGUGCCUCGAAAAUGCUCCGCCAGCAACCGCAUCAUCGGCGCCAAGGACCACGCGUCCAUCCAGAUGAACGUGGCCGAGGUUGACAAGGUGACAGGCAGGUUCAACGGCCAGUUUAAAACCUACGCCAUCUGUGGUGCCAUUCGCAGGAUGGGAGAGUCAGACGACUCCAUUCUCCGGCUGGCCAAGGCCGACGGCAUCGUCUCAAAGAACUUCUGACUGGUGAGGCUCACACAUGUGGAAUGUUUGUCAUAAAUAAAUAGUGCAAGUCAAAAAAAAAAAA